UUCCUUCCGGUUAACCCGUUUUCUUAAAAAUUAAGCUUUAAAUAACAGCACCAUCUUUAUAUCAGAGAAAUGCAGCUCUCAGGCCGGUGCAGCUCUACAUGAAGAUGGGAGCCCCGCACCCAAACACUCCUCUGAGUUAGACAUGCAUCACUGCAAUUCAUCAGGCGCUGCGCCACUCAGCCCAUUUUCCAAUGACAGUCAAUGGGAAGGACAGCCGACCUCUCCAUCACUUGCCGACUCCGAGAAUGUCACCUCGGAGAGAGCGAUCCUGAGCGGCCCUAUAGCUGCGAUGCUCUCGAUGACCCUGGGGAUCCUGUCCAACAUUGUAGCUUUACUCAUCCUGGCAAACGCAUACGCCCGUCUACGUCGACGAUCCAAGGCAUUUCUCCUGUUCGCCAGCUCUUUGGUGGCCACGGACUUUGUGGGGCAUGUCAUACCUGGUUCAAUAGUUAUGAGGCUGUAUCUUUCUGGAGGUGUACCCUCUGAAGAAUACAACCGGGCGGACCCAUUAUGCCAGUUUCUAGGAGGCAGCAUGGUGUUUUUCGGACUGUGUCCGCUCUUUCUUGGUUGCGCCAUGGCAGCUGAGAGGUGUUUAGGGGUGACAAAGCCACUGCUCCAUGCUUCGCUGGUUACAACCACAAGGACUAAGCUCUCACUUUCUGUUAUCUGGUUAGCAGCUCUUUGUGUUGCUCUUCUGCCCUGCUUUCAGCUGGGUUCAUAUACCUACCAGUAUCCUGGAACCUGGUGUUUCAUUAAAGUGCUGGAGGACACAGAGAAGGCAGACGUGGCCUUUGUUAUGUUGUUCUCAGGACUGGGGUUGACAUCCCUUGCUGUUGCUUUGGUGUGUAACACCAUAAGUGGACUGACGCUAGUGUUAGCGAGGAUACGAAAGAAACCCUGUAACCGUCGAUCAGCUAGAUCCCAUGAUAUUGAGAUGGUGGUGCAACUUGUAGGCAUAAUGGUCACAUCUUGUAUCUGCUGGAGCCCUCUUCUGAUUGUUGGCCUAAUUACAGUGAAACAGUCAUACGAGGGCUCUAUUGGAGAUGACCUUGCCACCUUUAAGACCCUUAUGAUAAUGGGGGUGCGGAUAGCAUCCUGGAACCAGAUACUGGACCCAUGGGUCUACAUUCUUCUUCGUCGUUCCGUCCUCCAAAAGAUUUACUUCAUUACCAAACGUCCAACAGACUUUAAGGAAAGCACUUUUCGCUGCUGGGAGAUCCAUUCCUUCCCCAGCUCUGAGAAGAAUCCUGUCAGUAGAGUCUGAAUCUGAGUGUGCAUCAAUAACAACAGGAGGCCUACUCAGUGUCAGUCAGCUCUACCCCAGAGGAUCUCACUAGGCCCCUUUAUUACAGCAUGUUCUGCAAUCGCUAUGUUAAAAGGGGUCAUAUGA